AUGGCCGCGCUACGGAGGAAAUUUGGGGAGGACUAUCAGGUUGUGAAUACAAACCGUGACACCACCGCUUUUUCAGCACCUGUCAAAAAGAAACGCCAGCGGUUCGUGGAGAAGAACGGCCGUUGCAACGUGCAGCACGGGAACCUCGGCGGGGAGACCAGCCGAUAUAUCUCCGACCUCUUCACCACCUUGGUGGACCUCAAGUGGCGAUGGAACUUGCUUAUCUUUGUUCUGACCUAUACAGUAGCGUGGCUGGUCAUGGCUUCUAUGUGGUGGAUCAUCGCCUACAUCAGAGGGGACAUAAACCAUGGCCACGACUCGUCCUAUACCCCCUGCGUUGCCAACGUUUACAACUUCCCCUCCGCUUUCCUAUUCUUCAUAGAGACCGAGGCCACCAUCGGCUACGGCUACCGCUACAUCACGGAGAAAUGUCCGGAGGGCAUAAUUCUCUUCUUGUUCCAGUCGCUGCUGGGGUCCAUCGUGGACGCCUUUCUGAUCGGCUGCAUGUUCAUUAAAAUGUCCCAGCCCAAGAAGCGCGCAGAGACGCUUAUGUUUAGCCAGGACUCAGUGAUCUCGCAGCGCGACGGAAAACUGUGCCUCAUGUUCCGUGUGGGCAACCUGCGAAACAGCCAUAUGGUGUCCGCGCAGAUCAGGUGCAAACUCAUAAAGGUAAGGUAAACAAGCACCAGCUGUGCUCUGCGACACCGGGGUAUUUAGGCAACUGAUCAUAACAUGACCCACAGUGAUAAUUAUCUACUAAAAGCCUUUAGAAGUAAGGGGGAAUUAAACUCUCGAGCAUAAAAUGCCAAGAUGUUGUGUGCUAAUGUCAUAUUUUAUGUGCGUAACUAAUUAUCAUGUAUUAUAUUCACAUUCGUUAUUUCACAUAGCCUAUACAGUAUGUACUUCUCCAUCGCCCCGUCUGCAUUUUGGGUCCUAAAAUGCUGUGGAAAACAAUCAAAUCAACCUGAAAGUGGCAAACAGACAGCACAAGAAAAUGUAAUAAAGGUAAUCAAAUUGAAUACAAUAAACCUAUAGGAGUCUAUCUGCACAAUGAUAGCAGUUGCAUAUCAGAGAUAUUAAUUCAUCUUCUUUUUCUAAGCUUAAUUAUAAGCAGGUCUUAGUCCACAGUGUGUGCCUUGUUAAACAAAAAAGUCUUAAAAUUGUAUUACCAUAAUCCUUAGUAGUGAGUUUGUAUUUUGGCUGAGAUAGAGGGUAGCUGGGAGGAGCAGAGAGGGGUUGAGAGAGAGAAAGACAGAAGGGCUGAGAGAGAGAUACCUAGUCAGUUGUACAACUGAAUGCAUUCAACUGAAAUGUGUCUUCCACAUUUAAUCCAACCCCUCUGAAUCAGAGAGGUGCGGGGGGCUGCCUUAAUCAACAUCCACAUCAUUGGUGCCCAGGUAACAGUGGGUUAACUGCCUUGCGCAGAGGCAGAACAACAGAUUUUUACCUUGUCAGCUUGGGGAUUCGAUCCAGAAACCUUUCAGUUAUUGGCCCAAAGCUCCUACCCGCCAGGCUACCAGCCACAGUCACCCUUCAGCCAGUGACAUUUAGAAUAGCAGGUGGUUUAACUGCGGGACAUGGUAAUGUAUCAGUGAGCUGCUCUGACAGAGAGCUGGGCUCUCAGUUUGAGGUUUGACAGUUAAAACUCCAGCCAUGAAACACACAUAAUCAAAUCAUCAUCAGCCAUGGAGCAGUAGACAUGCUGCUCACCCCGAUCAAGCAUGAUGUCAAGUCAGAAGUGGCCCUGGACUUAAGACCUUGCAGUAAAGGAAUACAUCAUAUUUAUAGUGCAUGUGAAUACAUCUCUCAUCUUCACUCUCAUGUUGUAAGGUCUGGUUUACAUCACAAUGUGAUGUUUGAAUAGGACUUUGUAGAGACACUCCAAUAUGAAACCAAAGAGAGGCAAAAACAUUGGUUUCUGGGAACACACACACACAAAACACAGUGAGGCACUUUGAGCUUGUUUAUGUAUGUGUUCCCCCACUGCGAACACAUCAGCACAGCACAUUGAGCAGAGCAUGGGUCAAAUUAAUAGCACAAACAUCCAGUGUGGCUGGGAGAGAGAGAGAGGCAGGGAGAACCACCACUCUACAGUCACAGCCAGGCAGUCCCCAAAGCGAACAGCCUCCUAGGCACACAGUCAGAUCAGCCACAAUAGAUAGCCCCAAGCAGGGUGUUUCUCUGGGAUAAACCCCAUCCUCUCUCUCAGCCUCCCAGGCAGACCAUUUACAGCAGCUGGAGGGGUGCACCACACCUUUGACAGGGUGCACAUUGCUCCAAAUGGCUGGUCAUUUACUGGAGGGCUAGUCUGUUGAUUGAUUUAGCCUGUGCAAUAAUUGAAUAGGGCUCAAGCACAGACCCAGGCGUCUUCACAGUAUAAAGCUCCCCUACAGUGGGUGUAUUUUCAGAGGAAAAAGGAUGGGAGAGAAAGGAAGUAUCCACUGGGCACAGACGUCCAUUCAACGUCUGUGCCCAGUGGAAUGACGUGGAAACAACUUUGAUUCAACCAGUGUGUGCCCAGUGUGUGCCCAGUGGGUAGGCUAUGAGAGGAACACACAGAGAUUGCGUCAUGAAAUACGUGAAGCGCAGGCAGGCACUUUGAGCACAAGUAGUCUCUGACUACAAAGGAAAAAUGAAAGAAUAAACACCAUCCCCAUCCUCCUCUCCUGCUCUCUCUUUCUGUCUUUGAGGUACAAUCCAUGCAGCCCACACUGUAUUGUUGCUCUGUUCUCAGGAUUCACAGCACAGCCCUUUCACUUCAAAGACCCUUUAGCCAGCACAAAAAUAUUUCAAGUGUUUGUCAUAAAUGUACAAAUAAGCCUCCUAGUUUUGGGAAAACAUAUCUGAUAACAAAUUACUCAGAAAUGAAUAAUAUUGAAACAGUUGUAAAAGUUAACAUGUAUUAUAGUCACGAAAAAUGCUAAAUGUAUUCACAGGAAUCAUGCUAUUUUGUAAGUAAAUUAAUUUGUCUAUUUUGUCAGUGCAGUACUAGUAGAGAGAUGAUGGUGGCGCUGUUGAAUCGUGCCCCUCUUCCACCUGUUCCCCCAAUCCCCACUGCUACUCACAAAUCUGUACAGGUUUUUAAAUAGUCCUCUCCACCUUCCAUUUAGGUAUUGACUUGCCAUAUGUUCAUAAAUAUAGACCGUAACAUGACCUGGCAUAUUGAAUAAGGUGCUAGAACCACAUAACACCAAUCAGACAAAUAGAGCACAUAUCGGUUGGAGAAAAGCAAAGUCCUGAUGAACUCCUGUAUUCAUUCUUCAGUUAAGUCCUAUCAUUCAUACAUACAUACAUACAUACUGUAUGACUGUGCAGAAUGUGUGUACACAGGUGUGUGUGUGUGUGUGUGUGUGUGUGUGUGUGUGUGUGUGUGUGGCAGUGACAGCUGCUUAUUCAGAGGCUCAUAAAAGACAGAGGAGUGGAUGGGCAGGCAGCAUUGGCAUGACUCAUGUUUGGGUUUAUAGCAUGUUGUAGUUGAGGCAUCUGCUCCUUGUGCCCACGUCUGUCAGUCACAGUCCACAUCUCAUUCCAGCCAGGACCGCUCACUUCAAUCAAACCCACCAAUCACACAGCCAACCACAGAAUAUAAUAAUAAUAUAAUAUGCCAUUUAGCAGACGCUUUUAUCCAAAGUGACUUACAGUCAUGCGUGCAUACAUAUAUAUAUUUUUUUGUGUAUGGGUGGUCCCGGGGAUCAAACCCACUAACUUGGCGUUACAAGCGCCAUGCUCUACCAGCUGAGCCACAGAGGACCACAGACCCCACAUCCAAAAAGCAGCGGGGCCAAUUCUGCAGGCAGUAACCGUGAAAAUAGGCCUAUGCAAAUAUUUAUUUUAUAAGACUUUUGCUGGAUGAUUUGACUGGCACUGUGAGCUGGCUGAGCCAAGCGACAGUCCAGUCCUUAUCGAAUGCGGGCCUGAUUGCUGGUAGCUAGGCUGCUUGUUUGUUGUUUGGGGGCAAGUGUUGUGUUGGCUAGCGUGGUGUAGCCUCGCGUAAUGCAGCGCUGCUGAAGUGGCUGAUCACUAGAGGGGAGCAGGCAGCAGAAGGGCCCAGCUCCAUCUCACAGGGCACAGAAACGGACCAAUCAGAACUGUCACAGCCGACAGCCGUCCAAACCCAGAGCUGGUGCUGGCAGGGCCAGGCAGACUCA